AUGGCAGACAAGUUAACUGAGGAGCAAAUUUCUGAAUUCAAAGAAGCCUUUAGUUUAUUUGAUAAAGAUGGCGAUGGAACUAUAACAACAAAAGAAUUGGGGACUGUUAUGAGAUCGCUGGGACAAAAUCCAACUGAAGCAGAAUUGCAAGAUAUGAUAAAUGAAAUUGAUACAGACGGAAAUGGAACAAUUGAUUUUCCGGAAUUUUUAACUUUAAUGGCAAGAAAAUUGAAAGAUACUGAUACGGAAGAAGAAUUAAUUGAAGCAUUUAGAGUUUUUGAUAGAGAUGGUGAUGGAUAUAUAAGUGCAGAUGAGUUAAGACAUGUAAUGACAAAUUUAGGAGAAAAGUUAACAAAUGAAGAAGUAGAUGAAAUGAUAAGAGAGGCAGAUAUUGACGGAGAUGGACAAAUUAACUAUGAAGAAUUUGUUAAAAUGAUGAUAGCUAAAUAA